GCUCCGGCCAUUUUGGCUGCUUGUUUGUUCUGCUGAGGUCUCUCGUUCUCCGGCUGGGAAAGAAAGGCGUGUCGUCGGUGGUGAGAAGAGGCAAACAGCGGACAGAAACGUCUUUUACUUCCUUCGUCGUCGACUAUGGGUCCGUUAGGGAGUCUUAACAGCCGUCUGUCUAUCGAAAGGAUGCAGGAUUUCGGGUGGUUUGUAAAUUUAUCUUGACAUGGCUUUCUGGUGGGCGGGGGCUAACGUUUAAGAAAGGCGACCGAGCUCGACACGGAGGAAAAGUGAAAAACAAAACCAAACGAAACAAAAUCCAAACGUCGAAAGUAAAAUAGAGAAUUUAUUCGGAGCGUGCGAUGGUCAGCGAAUAGCUAUGCAAAUCUAAUCGCAGGUCGUCCAGAAAGGCCACGAUGUAACUUUUAUUUAUUUAUUUCUUUCUGUGUUGUUGUCCGCGCGAAUCGGAAGGAGCCACCGACAGAUCGAACGAUCGAGAGCAAGCGAGGCAGCCGAUGAGUCGAAGAGCGUAAUGCAGGCCGCGGUCGCCCUUGUAGGUAGCAGGAGAGAGCCGGUGUAGCCGUCUGCUUCAACAGGCUUUUACUUCGAAGGCCGUCGCCAACACCAUUAUGAUUGGGAUUGCUCGGCUCCCAGUGACGCCGCCGAACUCUACGAUGACCUCGCCGUGUUUUUCCGCUCCCUACGGUGCCAUGCAUGUGUGGUGUGUGUUUCUGCCAGCCUUAGUCUCGGCCCCUCCUUUAAUCACUCGCUCAUAAAAAAAAAUUAAAAAUAAAAACAAAAAAAAAACUAAAAAGUGAAGUCUGUUCAGAAAGCAACAUCGGUCAUGAAUGAGGCUGAGAGAAGACAGACUUUGAGGUGGGUGAAUGAGUGAGUUGAGUGCGUGUGCCUUUUCGUUCAAUAUUCGGUAGCAGUUGUGUAGUAAGGUAUGGCUCUGGCAGCACCUUUUCAGUUCGUGUCAUUAGCGAUCAAAAUGGAAGGAAAAGAAGUUGCACCCUAGCCGGAGCUUUUUCUUAUUUUUUUUUUCUUUAGCAGUUCAAAGAGCUCGUCGUUUUGUUUGGGUCUGUGCUGUGACACCCGAAUGACAUCCUUGCCGGAGUUGUAACCUACAGCUAUAGGGUUAGCACUUAGUAUAAUCGGCAUGAUCUCCUGGGAAGCAAGCGUUUAGAUUUAAAUAGACCUCUAUGAUCCUUUCAUCAAUAGGAAAAAAUGACUUGAGUUUCUAUUAAGAGCAGCCCCAUCUUCAAGUAGGGUAGCACAGGUAGGAUAGGACAGCUUUUUUUUUUGUUCGUUUUUUUUUUUUCCAAUUAAACUGGCCCCCAUUCCAUGUAAAUGCGAUAUAUAGACACAAACAAGCAGGGUGACACCAGUAGUUCACAAUGGGGGACCCAAACUCCCGGAGAAAACAAACUAUGAACCGCCUGCGUGCUCAACUUAGGAAGAAAAAGGAGAGUCUGGCCGAUCAGUUCGACUUUAAGAUGUACAUCGCCUUUGUGUUCAAAGACAAGAAGAAAAAGUCUGCACUUUUUGAAGUGGCUGAAGUGUUACCAGUUAUGACAAAUAAUUAUGAGGAGAAUAUUCUAAAAGGUGUACGGGAUUCAAGCUACUCUUUGGAAAGUUCUUUAGAGCUUCUGCACAAGGAUGUUGUGCAGCUUCAUGCACCUCGCUACCAGUCAAUGCGCAGGGAUGUCAUAGGUUGCACUCAGGAGAUGGACUUCAUUCUUUGGCCUCGAAAUGAUAUAGACAAAAUAGUCUGUCUCCUGUUUUCCAGGUGGAAAGGAUCUGAUGAUGAGCAAUUUAGGCCUGUACAGGCUAAGUUUGAGUUUCAUCAUGGAGAUUAUGAGAAGCAAUUUCUACAUGCACUGAGUCUGAAGGAUAAGGCUGGAAUUGUUAUGAACAACCCUAGCCAAACGGUGUUCCUCUUUAUUGACAAGCAACAUUUGCAGACACCAAAAUCCAAGACCACAGUUUUCAAGUUAUGCAGCAUUUGCCUGUAUUUGCCGCAGGACCAGCUAACCCAUUGGGGGAUGGGAAAUAUUGAGGACCACCUCCGUCCCUACUUGCCAGACUAAGGUCUGGGUCAGCAAAACAGGGAAGAUCCCAGAAAAUGAAACCAGCAGCAUCUGUCUUUUUUUUUUUUUUUUUCUUUUUUACAGCGAUUUUUAGAAGACAAGUGAACUUGUGCUUGGAGCACUCUUUUUUUGUUAAUGAUUUCAUACAUCCUGAAUCUCUUAAUUUGCUUUUUUUUUUUGGUUGCUUUUUUUUUUCUUCAAACCCAUACUUUAUUUCUGAACUUUUUUUUUUUUUUUUAAUACUUUUCAUGUUUCCAGUUUUGCACAAACAUUGUGGUUUGAGGGGUUGCACAUUGCAGUAUCGUGAUGCACAGGAUAUGAGUUAAAAUGAAGGAACUGUAUACAUACAAACCGGAACAAAUGUCUGAUCCUCUGGUGGUCUUUUCAAAUAGAGCUGGUCAUAAACCCCUGACACUCACCGUGUAGUCUAAAAAUCACUAUUGUUACAGGAUGCCAAGUGAAUUUUAGAAUGUCUUUAGACGCGUUAUAGCAUGAGGGGAAUAUGUUGCAAAAAGAAAAUGUAACAUCCAUGUCUUAAUACAGCUAAUAAAACACACAAUGCAGAGAAAAGAGCGCAAUAAAAGGGGAGGGGAAAUCUUCAAUCAAAGAUUCUCAUUUCACUUUUGGCAUUUAUGCCUUUUUUUUGCUGAACCAUUUUUCAGUUUGCUGGUACUUUUUAGGAUUUCAUUCCCUGCGUUGCUGUUAAGCGCUCAAAAGUUUGUUACUUUAGGAUUAUACAAAAAUAAUGCAAGGUAGACCAUAGAAGCAACCUUGUAAUUUCAGCAGCUUGAUAAUGGGCAGUGCAGUUCAUAACUCAUGUGCAGUAAUAUGGUUUUGCUGCAGAACUACGCUUCAUUCAAAAUUGUGUUGAUUGCUUAUGGUCGUGAAAUCUAUUACCAAGAAAGCAAGUUCUAUAAAUUCUAGGUACUAAAAUAUAUACGUUUGUGUGUUUCUUGGGGGUGGAUGGUUAAUUUAGAGAAACAUUUAAUGUACCUAGUCAUUUAAAGGUGGAAGCAAACAAAAUGGCAGUCUAUGUUGAAUUAUAUUUUUAAUAGGCAAAGCUCUUAAAGAGUGUUGUUGUGUUCAAUUAGAUGGUUCUUGAUGACCAGACUUUAAUCAAUAGCAAAUCUAUUUGACAUCUUUUUUUUUUUUUUUUUGAAAAUUGAAAAAUUAAACAAAAUAAAAGGGUGAAAAAGAAA